UUGGGGUGGAGUUGUGCAAAAAUAAAAUUUAUCUGAAGAUUCGGUCUGACAAAUCAAGCUAUAAAUAAUUGCUUAAAUCAUCGUAAUGAGAAAAGUUCUUGCUUAAUUAGGUUCUCUAAUGUGGAGAGAGAGAGAGAAGAAAAAAACUUUUCUUUUUACCAUGCAGUGUGUGAAAUGUAUGUUGAGGAAACAUUAUGAAAAGGUCAAGUGGCGCAGUUCUUGCGUAUUUGUCAUGCUUUGACAUCAAGCCCCCAUUCAGGUAGCUGCAUACGUUGAAGCAUUAUUCUCAACUCUCGUCAAUAUGAAUCGAAUAUUCUGUACUUCCGUCAUAUUUAUGUUUCUUUAAUCAAACAUAUCAGUAAUUUAUUAUUCUAUAAUCGUUUAUCAAACAUUACCUCCGUCACUGGUGAUUGCUUGUAGUUUUUGUGAUGCAACAGUUGUUGGGCGUUUUUUAUUCAAUUAGUGGAUGUAAUGUGGUGAUUUUGAUAGGUUAUCUUGAAACCCACAUCUAUUGGUUUGUGUGGUAGAUUGAAGAUACAGAAUCUAACAAGUUAAUCAUGCUUCGUGAUGUUGAGGCAUAUCAAUGUCUAGUGAAAUAUAAACCCUACUGAUAUAAUUUGGUGGGUUGACAAGCCUCCUAGACUACUUCCCAGCCACUAAACGAUGGAUCUAAAUGAUGAAUGUGUACUAAAAAUAUUUGCUAUUAACUGUCUUCAUGUCACUGGUUCAGCUACAAUAGGUGACUGUUAAAUUAUUCUGUUAGAACAUUAGUGAUACAAAUGUUAAUUCCAAGUGCAAUUUGAGAAUUGAAUGAAUAUAGGGUUUAUUAAAACAGGGUGUCUGGAAUAGAGAGCUCUAUCAUUAUUAAUUAUAUUUGAAAACUUUCCGCUAUCUAUAUAUGUGAAUGUGUAUUCCAUAUGCAUGCAUAAUUAGGGAGGCCAUGUUCCUUGCCUGAAAUUAUCCGACUUUGUCAUGCUUCAUGCUAAAUUGCAUUAAAAUAUUGUUGGAUUAGGCUUAUAAAUAACUGGGUUUUAAGUUUCAUGUGCAUGAAUAUUUCAAUCAAUUAUGGAUUCUUCUCUCCAAUUAUCUGCAAUUGUUAUAUUUUUUUCCUUCAUCUUUCUCUGCAAUGUAUACUUUCGAGGGACAAAGAGUAGCAAAGGUAGCAAGGGUAGAGAGGCCCCUGAACCAGCUGGUGGAUUGCCAGUCAUUGGCCACCUCCACCUAUUAGGUGGUGCAGAUAAGCUUCUCCACCAAACACUUGGAACAAUGGUUGAUAAAUAUGGGCCAGUAUUCAAUAUCAGGAUAGGCAGUCGCCGUGCCCUUGUGGUUGCUAGUGUGGAAUCAGCAAAGGAAUGCUUCACACUAAAUGAUAAAAUCCUUGCUUCCCGUCCCACUACAGCAGCCACGAAGCAUAUGUGCUAUAACCAUGCAGUGUUUGGUUUUGCACCAUUCAGCCCCCACUGGCGUGAGAUGCGAAAGAUAGUAAUGCUUGAACUUCUUUCAAACCGGAGUCUUGAGAUGAUCAAGCAAGUCCAGCAUACUGAACUGGACUUGGGGAUAAGGAAGCUUUACGGUCUGUGGGCUAAAAAUAGCUGUCUUCCAUUACUUUUUGAACUUAACCGAUGGUUUGAUGAUUUGACCCUUAAUGUGAUUGUUAGAGUGGUGGCUGGAAAGCAAUAUGCUGGUUCCUCUAAUGAUGAUGAGUCAAAACGGUGCCGGAAAGCUAUUUCUGAAUUCUAUCACUUGAUGGGCAUUUUUGUGGCUUCAGAUGCACUUCCAUUUCUAUGGUGGUUAGAUUUGAAGGGGCAUGUGAAGGCAAUGAAGAAGACAGCCGAGGACUUGGAUGUUAUACUUUCAGGUUGGCUGAAUAAGCAUCGUCAAAGGAGAAUUUCUGUUCCAGGAGAGGUCAAGAGUGAGAAAGACUUCAUUGAUAUGAUGUUGUCACUUGAGGAGAAAGGCCGCAUGUCAGGUUUUCAAUAUGAUGCGGAUACUAGCAUCAAGUCGACCUGUCUGGCUCUUAUUGCUGGUGCAGGUGACACCAUAACAACCACACUAACUUGGGCCAUGUCAUUGCUUCUGAAUAACCAACCAUCAUUAAAGAAAGCACAAGAAGAAUUAGACCUCCAUGUUGGCAUUGAACGCCAAGUUGUUGAAUCAGACAUAAAAAACCUUGUGUAUCUUCAAGCAAUAGUCAAGGAAACACUUCGCCUAUAUCCCGUUGCACCUCUCAUACCCCGGGAAUUCAUGGAAGACUGCUCCAUAGCUGGUUAUCGUGUUCCAGCUGGGACUCGCCUAUUGGUAAAUGUAGGGAAAAUUCAAAGAGAUCCGAAGUUUUGGACUAAUCCAUUAGCUUUUCAGCCAGAGAGGUUUCUUGAAAACCACACAAAUAUUGAUGUCCGAGGUCAUCACUUUGAGCUAAUUCCUUUUGGCUCAGGCAGACGGUCAUGCCCAGGUGCAUCCUUUGCACUCCAUACUCUUCACUUGACACUGGCUAGGCUCCUUCACAUGUUUGAUUUGAGAACCUCAAUGGAUAAGCCUGUUGACAUGACUGAGACGCCAGGAACCCAUACACCAAAAGCAACCCCUUUGGAGGUUCUUCUCUCGCCGCGACUCCCUGAAAAACUCUAUACCUGUUGAUGUUUAAAGUUUGGAGAUUUGAUGAGACAGGAUGAGCUUUGAAUAAGUGAAGUUGAUAUAAACAGUUUAUGUUAUGAUUGUACUUUGUGUUAAUCUGGUGUUAUAGUUGACAUUGUGAUGUGAUAUCACUAAUAAUGUAUGAAAUC